GGGGCUCGGCCGCUCGUUCCCCGCUGCCGGCUCCGGUGGCGGCCGCCGGGGGAUGCGCAGCGGAGCGCGGCGGCGGGGGAGGGCCGGGCUGGAGGAAUAAGGACCCGGCUUCUUCUCCGGUCCCACCCCCGGCCGCUUCCUCCGCAGCUCCCUCCCCUUUCCCCUCCCGCUCCCCCCCUACAUCCCCACCACCCCCUAAAAUCAUCGCCCGCGGUCUCCCGGUAUUGAUCUCCCGAGCGCGGCUACCGACACCGACAGCGGGAGCCGCACCGGUACCGGCGCUCCAUGGAAGGGCAGCGGCGGCCACCGGAGCGCCUGAAGUUUGCCCGGAGCGAGGGAUGAGCGAUGGAGGGGCCGAGCCCGGUGGUAGCCCCGUGCUGUUGGCCGAGCCCGCGGCCACCGGGCGGGCCCGGGAGAAGCUGCCGACCCGGGCGGAGCUGGACAGCGCCCUGCGCACCGGUGGCGGAACCGCCGGCGGCUUCAAGGACAUCCCGGGAACGUCGUCGGUCAGCCCCGGCUCCUCCAAGCAGUGCGCCCCGGACACCGAGAGCCCGUCGGGGACCGGCGAGGCGGAUUAUUGCCGCCGCAUCCUGGUGCGAGAUGCCAAAGGGACGAUCCGGGAGAUCGUGCUGCCCAAGGGGCUGGACCUGGACCGGCCCAAGCGGACGCGGACGUCCUUCACGGCGGAGCAGCUCUACCGCCUGGAGCUGGAAUUCCAGCGCUGCCAGUACGUGGUGGGCCGGGAAAGGACGGAGUUAGCGCGGCAGCUCAACCUCUCCGAGACGCAGGUCAAGGUGUGGUUCCAGAACCGCCGCACGAAGCAGAAGAAGGACCAGAGCAGAGACUCUGAGAAACGUUCCUCGGGCACCUCCGAGUCCUUGGCCACCUGCAACAUCCUGCGGCUGCUGGAGCAAGGCCGCCUCCUGUCCGUGCCGGCGCCCCCGACCCUCCUGCCCCCCACUUCCAGCCCGGUGCCGGUCGCCAGCCCCGCGUCCCCGCCGCCCUUCGGCCUGCGCCUCCCUCCUCCUCUGGCCGCCUCCUCCUCAUCCUCCUCAUCCUCAUCGCCGUCGCCGCGGCUGCCGGGGAGGCCGCUGUGUUUUGGGGGGCCGCUGCUGGGCGGGCUGCACGAUCUGCCCGCUUCUUACCCACCCGGAGCGUCCUCCGCGUUCGAGCCUUACACGCGGCUGGAGAGGAAGGACAGUUCUGUACCCAGCGAGAAGCCGAGCCCUUAAAAACAAAAACAAAA